AUGAUAUUUGAAAAUGUUCUUAAUGAUGAGCUAGGUGUAAAUCUUACUGAAAAAUUAUUAUCAAUCGAUAUUGACCUUCCAGUAUCGUUUCUGAUUGGUGAAACAUCGGAUGAAAUAUUAAUAAAAAUUCACCGAACAUAUAGCCGUGAAGUUUGUGGUAAAAUAAGUUGCAAUGAAAAUUGUGUAUCAUGUUCAUUUAAUCCAUUAACUUAUGCAAAAUUAGCUUGAUGUUUGUGGAUGUAUAUUUUAACUUUAUUUCAUUUUGUUGGUAAAUCAAAUUCUUCAAAUGAUGAUCAUCUUUCUGCGGCACAAUCUUUAUUUGCUAAUAAUCGAGAAGAAUCUCAUUGGCCAUUAUCUCAAUUACAACAGUCAUCGGAGAAAAUAUUUGAAAGAUUUGUUAAUCAAAUAUAA